AUUGGGCCAGGCCCUUCCUACUCUCUCCUCCGUAAACUGCUAACUUGGGCAGCUGCCUCCUAGAACCUUCCUCCUAGGGUUUCUUGAGGGUUUAUCAUCCAUCCAGCCAAAAACCCUAAAAAAUCCCAUCUCCACACAAAGACUCGAUCUUUUUUUGGCGCUUCUUCCUUCUCCAAAUGGUUCGCUCCAAUGGCGUCAGGCUUGUCCACUGGCUCGCUCGUUGCUCUUUUGCAUCCAACGUCCCUUCAUCUUCCGUGUACGGGAGGGUGUUUGGUGGUGGUUAUAGGACAUUCAGGACUGGGGUUUGCAACAAUUCCAGAGUUUUAGUGGGAGAUUAUACUAAUACUAAUAAUGUGUGUAAAAAGAGUUGGUUGCUGGGAAAUUGGUUCACAGCGAGAUCAAUUCAUGGAACUGCAUCUAUGUCCGUGAGAGACUACUACGAGACACUUGGUGUGAGCAAGAAUGCGAGUUCCUCGGAAAUAAAGAAAGCUUAUUAUGGGCUAGCAAAGAAGCUCCAUCCAGACACAAAUAAAAAUGAUCCUGAUACAGAAAAGAAGUUUCAAGAAGUUCAAAAGGCCUAUGAGGUUUUGAAAGAUGAGGAAAAACGUCAAGAAUAUGACCAGAUGGGCCAUGAUGCAUAUGAGAAUCAAGGCAACGGCUUUCCAAAUGAUUUCAGAAAUCCAUUUAAAGAUAUAUUUGAUGAAAAUAUCUUCAACAUUUUCCGUCAAAAUGGUGGUCAAGACAUCAAGGUUACUUUGGAACUUUCCUUCAUGGAAGCUGUUCAGGGAUGUGCUAAAACGGUGUCAUUUCAAGCUGCAGUGCCUUGUGAAGCCUGUGGUGGAAGUGGUGUUCCCCCUGGCACCAGACCUGAAUCAUGUAAGCGCUGUAAGGGUCUGGGAUGGUUAACUUUCAUGCAAACUGGCCCAUUUAGGAUGCAGACAACUUGUUCUCAGUGUGGGGGGACUGGUAAAACUUUCCCGAAACUUUGCAAUUCGUGUAAUGGAAGACGGGUCAAAAGUGGAAUGAAGUCUGUCAAGUUAGACAUCAUGCCAGGUGUUGAUGACAAUGAAACUAUAAGAGUGUUUAGUAGCGGUGGGGCUGAUCCUGAUGGAAUGCAACCUGGUGAUCUUUUUGUUACCAUUAAGGUUAGGGAAGACCCAGUUUUCCGUAGAGAAGGUGCAGACAUUCAUGUAGAUGCUGUUCUCAGUAUAACUCAGGCAAUUUUGGGAGGAACUAUCCAGGUCCCAACUCUCACAGGCGAUGUUGUAUUAAAGGUUCGUGCUGGCACCCAACCUGGUCAGAAGGUAGUCUUGAAGAAGAAAGGGAUAAAGACAAGGAACUCUUAUACAUUUGGUGAUCAAUACGUGAAUUUCAAUGUCAGCAUUCCAACGAAUCUGACUCAAAGGCAACGCGAAUUAAUUGAAGAGUUUGCCAAAGAAGAACAGGGGGAAUAUGGUAAGCAUGCAGCCGCGGGUGCAUCUUGAUGAGAUUAGCGUGGAGAGGGUUUCUUGGUUUAGAUGAUAGCUGGAAGGACAAGGAAUGAUAGUAAAGGUAGACAAAAGGAUCCACCCAGACCAUUCUGGUAAAGGAUUGGAGUUGUUUUAGGUUCCAAUUGAGCCACUUCUAUUUGUAAGGUUAUGUAAUAAUUUUUACCCGUCGAGUCAUAAUUCGUACUUUGUCAUUUAGGCGAGGUGGUCGCCUGAUCGGUGAUCAUCGUGCAGUAAUUUUGCGGCAAUGUACAUAUAUUCUGACUUAUAAUCUCACAAUGAUAAUGGGUUUCUUGUUGUCCCUAA